GUGAACACGUGGGUGAGAGCUCGCGCGCCGGCACGGGUGUCAACAAAGGAGUAUGGGGACUAGUGAUGCAUGGAGCUACCUGGCCUCACUAGGAGUCAAGCAUCGAACCUGGGAUGAUCCUCUCUUUGCAGAAGGUCUCCGUGUUUGCUGCCCUCUUAGGAAAAUACCAUGCAUUGACCUGGAUGAUGAAGACUUUCUACACUCUAGGAUUGAAACAAAAUGCAGUGUAACUGGGUGUAAGAAAACUUUCAGUACAGUGGCUGAGUAUGCCAGCCAUCAGCGCAGUGCUCACAACUAUGUUUGCUCCACAUGCAAGCAGUCGCUUCCUUCACACCACUUGCUAGAUCUUCAUCUUCUCGAGGUUCAUGACACGCUAUUUAAACUUAUGGCAGAAAGACAGCCCAUGUAUCAGUGCUUCCUGGAAACAUGCUCUGAGAAGUUUGGCAGUCCUACCGAGAGGAAGGCUCACUGUAUAGACAAUCACAAGUUCCCAGCAGACUUUCGCUUUGACGUGGCAUGGAGGAAAUUAGGAAAUUGCAGAAAACUAGAGAAAAUGAACCAAAGUGGAGCAGCUAUGGAAUGCGAAGAGACUGGUCUUGAGACUGUCACAGUGAAAGAAGAGUCAGCAAUUGUAAUCAAUAAAAAGAACGGUGAUGCCACUGUUGAUAGAAAAAAAGUUGCAUACAAAAUUCCAAAUUGUGUAUCAUUUGGAGUUGGAGUUCCGAGAGGUUUUAUUCGAGGGAAUAAAAGAAGAGGCCAAAGAAAGGGUGGGGUCACUCACUGGCACCAGAGGACAUGUCCAUCUAAUUCCAUCAAAACCAACAUUGAAGAAGUUAGUAUGAAAGAUUUAGAAGCAGCAUUAUGUACUGAAUCAGUAAUUCCUUGAUGAAGAUUUUGUUUUAUUUAAAUAGCUGUUCAUGUGAAUUUUUAGUUGCUCUAAGAUUACUAUACAAGCCUUUGAUUUAGAUUUUUUAUGUAUUGUACAGUAAAUCCUCAGUUUAACAGACUUCAGAAAUACAGGACAAAAUCUGCUGGGUCAGUCAGUUCAGAAAAAACAGACAAGGUCAGUUGGUUACAAAAUUGUCCAUUAGGUUAUGAUCGCAGCAAAAUGGUCUCUUCUCUGUCCACCACGAUUGUUAUUACCUGCCACCCACUACCCUCCUGUUAGUUCAUUAAAUUGAUGGGUUAACUUGAUGUAAUACCUCUUAUUAUUCUUAAUUCAAAGAUUACAUAAAUUAUUUUUUUUUUUAUUAUCACACCGGCCGAUUCCCACCAAGGCAGGGUGGCCCGAAAAAGAA